GAAGGGAACUCACUAACUCUUUCUUGUUGUUUUAUUGAGGUGAAUAUAAUUUGCUUCCUGCACCACGAUCAACUUAAAGCAGUUUUCCAUGUCUCUCAGAAAUUAAGGAAGGCAGUUAUUAUUGCAAGGCAGUCACAUUUUAAUUACACUACACCUGAUCGCACUCGGCAAGAGAUGUUGAAGUUAAUGACUCCACGCCCCAUUGAUCACUGGCCUUUCAUGAGCAAAAGACAUGGAAAGUGUAGGUUGAUUUCGAGCCCACACACCCCCAAGGCACCAAAGCACGGUCCCCGCCCUCCCCGUGUCAUGAAGAUUACUGAGAUGCGGCAAAUUGCAGCUGUUCUCUUCCAGGACUCCUCUUUUCCUUCAACAUGCUUGGUGCCUUCAGUUUUACCAAAGCCUCUCUGCAGAUCGUUGGCUUCUAAUAGAGUCCUAUUUUCUGAGGAUGAACUGUGCCAGGCUGUUGCUCAAAACAAACUGCUUUGAUUUCUAUUGUGGUUUCUAUAAUGUGAAUAGUAAGAAGUUUAUCUCUUUUGUUUUUAGGGCAGUUUUAGAAUUUUCGAACUAAAGGAUUGCAGUAGGGUUAGAAGAAUUUAGUUUUUUAUGGUAAUAAUGUAUAAAGGCUUGUUUCUUGUAUAGUUCUAUGCUCUACCUGGUACUCUAUUCCUAUCUGCUAAUCUCAUUUUGAGUUGGCAUUGAAGAAUGAGGGAGUUUUGGUUGUCUUUCCCUCUUGGAUUGAUCUUAAUUAUAGUCUACCGGCUUGUUCGUAUA